UCCAGUGGCGACAAUAUGAAGUCAGCAGUAUUCUUUCUUCUUGUGAUGACAGCCUCCGCUUCUCCAUAUCAAGAGGAUACAGAAGCUCAGAUAGACGAAUUUUUGAAGGCCGCAUCGUAUCUUAACUUGAGUUCAGAAGACAUUGACUGGAAGAGUGGACUCCUUCUUAACAGAAUUUGGAAUGCAAUGCAAAAGGAACAGGAUGAUCAAUACGAACCCGGUGUCGGUGGAUUUGUCGUGUCAGAUAUUGAAAUAAAGGAUCCCAAUUCAAAAAGGUUUUCAAACGAAAUCAAGCAGAAAGAGAAUAACUAUAAGCUGCCUUACAUUACUCCGCAGCGGAAAUGGAAUAUCAAAAAGGGAAAAGGUAUACCAACCAUGUGUUACUUCAAGAUAUGCUCGUUCAAGUCAUUAAAGUUUAAUUAAAUUUAUAUGGUUAAUAUCUAGUCAUCGUAGUUAAUUAGUAUUUUCAAAAUGCUUGUUAUUAGUUACUACUA